GCAGCGGCUGUCUGGUCUCCCCCCUCCCGGUCCUUUGCGGAACCCGGAGAGGCCAGCCUCCGAGCCCCCGCAGCCUGGAGACCAGGAUCGGGCCCCAUCUCAAAGACCAGACUGUGGAAGCUAUGCUCCUGACAGCCAGGUGGAAGGAGUUGCUGUCAUUUGAUGAUGUGGCUCUGUUCUUCACCAGAGAGGAGUGGGAAAACCUUGACUGGACCCAGAAGUACCUCUACAGAGAUGUUAUGCUGGAGAAUUACAGAAACAUGAUCUUCUUGGGAUUUCAGUUCCCCAAACCUGAUGUGAUCUCUCAGCUGGAAGACUGGGAAGAGCCAUGGAUCUCGCAUCUACCGAGAACUUGCAAUAGGAAGGCUUCCAGUAUCGCAUGCCCAGGGUUUGAAGCCAGAUGCAAGAAAAGGCUCACUGCGAUGCAAAAACAUUCUGAAGAUUUGGUGCCACACAAGGCGUCCGCGGGAAAGCAAGAGAAGCCCCAGAAGCCCUCUGCAAGGCAGCACGGAUGUCCUGAGUUUGCAGACACGUUCAGAUUUGUACUGCCUGUGAGUGGUAACAGAUAUAAGAAGAGCUUCCUUCAAAACCUUAAUUUUAUUGACAAUCAGAAUGCUCAACCAAAGCAGCAGGGCCCAUUUGGUGCCUAUGGGAAACCCUUUGGUCAGAGGCCAUUGCUUUGCAGGCCUGAGCAAGUUCUCACAGCAUCGAAAUGUUACGAAUGCAGGGAAUGUGGGAGAGUCAUCAGGUGUGAGGCAGAUUUUGUUCGACAUCAAAGAAUCCACACUUCAGAGAAUCCUCUUGAGUGUGACACAUGUGGACAAGCCUUCAAACAGAAAUCCCCUCUUAGGACAGUCCAUAAAUAUUGUCACCCCCCCAAAAAACCAUAUAAAUGUCACGACUGUGGGAAGUGUUUCCGUCUGAUCUCCUAUCUCGCUGAGCAUAAAAGGACUCAUACCAAAGAAAAGCCUUACAAAUGUGGGGAGUGUGAGCGAACGUUUAGUCAGAAUUCCACCCGUAUUCGGCAUCAGUUGACCCACAGUGGUGAAAAACUCCACAAAUGCCUGGCAUGUGGCAAAGCCUUCAGUAGGCACUCAACCCUUAUGAGCCAUCAACACAUUCACACUCGGCAGAACACCCAUCGGUGCAGUGAAUGCGGACAGUCCUUUGGUCGGAAUAUAGAUCUCGUUCAGCAUCAAAGAACCCACACCAAGAAGGAAUUCUUUCAGUGUAGAGACUGUGGGAAAACAUUUAGUUUUAAGUCGAAUCUUUACCGACACGAAGUCAUUCACACCGGAGAAAGACCCUUCCGAUGUAACAAAUGUGGUAAAUCUUUCAGUUGGCGCACAAGCCUUAUUAAGCACCAGGGCACUCACAGAGGACAGAUAGCCACGUGACAGGAACAGCUACCAUUAGAAUCUCAGAAGAUAAGUCCCAAAGUUUCAGCUCCGACAUGCACCGGCUUGUUCCACACCACACGUGUCUAAGCAUGUCCCUGCAAGCUGUGCAGACAAGUAUGCUCUGAAAUAACACUGGUCUUCAUCAUGUUUAGGGUGCCUUCAAACAAACACAAAGCCAAAUCAAAGUAGGGGCUGUCGGAGGGCAUCUGUUUUGGACAUUGGAAGCUGAGGGGUAACCAUGGCAGAUUUUCUUGAAGGGCACAGGGCAAUCAUGAGGACUUAUGAAGAUUUUAAGACCAUUAAUGAAAAAGUUCAAAAGGCCAGCAAUGGUGUGUCAGGGAAUCUUUCAGUUAUGACCACGUCCCUACUCCUCCUUCCAAGGGUAACAAGGUGAAUGAAUUCUUGUGAAACUUUAUCCCAUCCACUCUUAGAGCCCUGAUCAUGUUCUAUUCCAAUUUGUUCCCCAUUGAAAGGAACACCCAUUGAGUCUCUUACGGAUGCCAAACGUGCUGUUUUUGACAUGUCAGUCAAUGGAGCACAGAAUUCUUCAGGAAAAGUUUCAAGAAACGAGAAUACCACCUUCUAAAGUGGUUCGACCCAGAUGUCUAUUGUGUCAAACAAUAGCUUCACAUUUUUAUCUUCUUGAAUAAACGUUUCUAUGAUUUUGUAGGAAUACUUUUUGGCUUCCCGUCAUAAUCACUGCCGCAAGUAUAUUGUGCUGCUUGAACUGUAAUAAAAAGAACUGGAGCGGU